CAAGAAGGCUUGGCUUGUGCUGAAGUGAAAGUAAAAGGAAAACCUGGUAAAAAGCGCUGACAACAGCCUGACACGGCUUCUGUUGAAGGUUUUUAUUGUCACAAUCGGAACACAGCUUCAUCUCCAUCUGUUCUGUAUUCACAUUGAAGAUGCUCCACAGUUUGAAGCCCUGUGAAACGCAGACUGGAGGUUUCUGCUUUGAAAACAGCCGCAGGAAUGCAGUGCUGGAGUCCAGUUUGUCAGAGCUUGGCUACAAAGCUCCUAGUGCCAGAAAGACAGGGACCACCAUUGCUGGGAUUGUUUACAAGGAUGGCGUGAUCCUGGGAGCAGACACGAGGGCUACAGACGACAUGGUGGUAGCUGACAAAAACUGCAAGAAGAUUCACUACAUUGCUCCAAAGAUCUACUGCUGUGGAGCUGGAGUGGCUGCAGACGCUGUCACCACCACACAGAUCAUGUCGUCCAAUGUGGAACUACACAUGCUCAACACUGGGCGACCGCCCCUCGUUGCUAUGGUGACCAGACAGCUGAAACAGAUGCUGUUCAGGUACCAGGGUCAUGUUGGUUCAUCCCUGAUUGUUGGAGGAGUUGAUGUGACUGGAGCUCACUUGUACAGUGUUUACCCACAUGGCUCCUACGACAAACUGCCUUUCCUCACGAUGGGUUCUGGAGCUGCGGCUGCUGUCUCUGUAUUUGAGGACAGAUUCAAACCAAACAUGGAGCUAGAGGAGGCGAAGCAGCUCGUAAGAGACGCUAUCACUGCAGGGAUUUUCUGUGACCUGGGUUCAGGCAGCAAUGUGGACUUGUGUAUUAUCUCAGAGGCUGGAGUAGAGUAUCUGCGAGGUUACGACAAGCCCACGGUGAAGGGCAAAAAAGAGGGACAAUACAGGUAUAAGCCUGGCACCACAGCCGUCCUGACCAAAACUGUGACGCUGCUCCCUCUAGCCGUGGUGGACCAAUUUGUUCAGAUCAUGGACACUGAAUAAAUUAAAGUAAACUGGUCCUGCUGACUGUCUCAUAAAAUAAAAGCUUUUGUUUGUAAAAUGA